CUCGAGCAAUUCCCAAUCUCUAUACGAUUAGUGUGUGUACUGUGUGAAAAAACAUCAUGGAUUUCCUCACAAUUGUCUUAGGAUUAUUAUUUGCACUCACCUUAAUCCAAGCCUUCCGCUCAAUAUCCACCAGAGGCAAGAACCUACCACCAGGGCCGACGCCGUUGCCGAUAAUCGGAAACCUCCACUUGCUCGGUGAUCAACCCCACAAGUCUCUUGCUAAACUGGCCAAAACUUAUGGGCCAAUCAUGUGCCUCCGUUUUGGCAGUAUAAAUACGGUGGUGAUCACCUCCUCCGCCAUGGCGAAGGAGGUUCUGCAAAAACAGGACCUUGCAUUUUCGAGUAGGCAUAUACCUAAUGCCAUCCAUGCACACAACCAGUUCAAGUAUUCCGUGGUGUGGCUGCCGGUGGCAUCGACGUGGCGCAGCCUCAGGAAAAUAUUGAACUCUAAUAUGUUUUCCGGCAACCGGUUGGACGCGAACCAGCAUUUGAGAGUCAGGAAGGUGCAAGAACUCAUUACUUAUUGCCGGAAAAAUAGUCAGGCCGGGGAGGCAGUGGAUAUAGGCCGGGCUGCAUUCAGAACUUCACUGAAUUUGUUGUCUAAUACGAUUUUCUCUAAGGAUUUAACGGACCCUUUUUCAGAUUCGGCCAAAGAAUUCAAGGACCUGGUUUGGAAUGUAAUGGUGGAGGCUGGGAAGCCUAAUCUUGUGGAUUUCUUCCCUGUUCUUGAAAAGUUAGACCCUCUAGGUAUACGGCGCCGCAUGACUAUUCAUUUUGGCAAGAUCAUAGAGCUUUUCGGUGGCUUGAUUAAUGAAAGGUUGAAGAGAAGGAUGUCCGAUAAUAGCAAAAACAGUGAUGUGUUAGAUGUCCUCCUUGACACCAGCCAAGAAAAUCCAGAAGAAAUCGAUAGGGUUCAUAUCGAACGCUUGUGUUUGGACCUAUUCGUUGCGGGAACUGAUACAACUUCGAGCACACUAGAAUGGGCAAUGGCAGAGACACUCAAGAAUCCAGCAACAAUGAAGAAAGCCAAAGCCGAGCUUGAGGAAGUGAUUGGAAAAGGAAAAGUUUUAGAAGAAGCCGAUGUUUCUCGGCUUCCAUAUCUCCGGUGCAUGGUGAAAGAGGCCCUGAGGAUACACCCGCCGGUUCCAUUCUUGAUUCCACGCAGAGUCGAACAAGACGUGGAGGUCUCCGGCUACACCGUGCCGAAGAACUCGCAAGUGUUGGUGAAUGCAUGGGCUAUUGGACGGGAUCCAACUCUGUGGGAGAAUCCAUUGGAGUUUAAGCCAGAGAGGUUCAUGGAAUCUGAACUGGAUAUUAGGGGAAGAGAUUUUGAACUGAUUCCAUUUGGCGCUGGAAGAAGAAUUUGCCCUGGAUUGCCUUUGGCUAUUAGAAUGGUGCCUGUAAUGUUGGGUUCACUUGUGAAUUCGUUUGAUUGGAAACUUGAAGGAGGCAUUUCACCCAAGGAUUUGGAUAUGGAGGAGAAGUUUGGAAUCACUUUGCAAAAGGCUAAUCCUCUCAGAGCUGUCCCUACUCCAUUGUAAAACCGUACACUGAUCGACUGAUAAUAUCUAAACUCAAUAAUUAUGGUAUCAAAAUAAAAACUGUUAUCAUUUCAGCGUAUAAUGUGUGUUUAUGUACGCAAUUUUAUUUUUUAUAUGACAACAUAAUGAAGAAUAAUUUCUGUAUGGAA